GCAAGGUUGAGCAAAAUCCUAGUGGGACGGUGGCUGCAUGGCUAAAAAGAAAUGCAAAAAGGAAAAGGAAAAAACCUUGUUGGCCUCUUCUCAAUGGCAAUAAUGGUUUGGAUAACAGUCUGCGAAGAUGAUGAUAAAUAAAUUUAUAUAUCUGUGUAUAUGGUGACAGAUUUUUCAGUUUUUCUAUGAACUUUUUCGUAUUAGCCACAGCCUUAGCCUUCCAAAAUAUCCGCAUUUUGCCAACUUGCUCUCUCAUCAAUCCUCUUCUCCAUAUUACCCUUUGUCAUCCUCAUCAAUGUCAAUUUCAUCCCAAGAGAUCUGCAUUUUGCAUAACAAUAACAAUCUGACUAACGGAAUGCCAGGGAACAAAUAUAACUGUAGUCCUGGCACACCAAGAACAAGAUUGGAAAGGCUUCUUAGAGAAAGGGAGUUGAGGAAAUUCAACAAGUCUUUAAAUGAUGGAGAAACCGAUCAGUUAUCAACCCAUGACUCUUUUUCACCUGAUUCUGAGACUUCAACUUGGUUCAAUGAUGAAGAAUCCUUGGAAGCGAUUUCAGCUGCCAGAGUUUCAUUUGAUGGAUGUGAAAGGCAAGAUUUCCGGGCUUCCAAACAGCGGUUGUUGGUGGUUGCUAAUAGGCUGCCUGUUUCUGCACUUAGGCGUGGGAAGGAUUCAUGGCAACUUGAGAUAAGUGUAGGAGGCUUAGUCAGUGCACUUCUUGGUGUGAAGGAAUUUGAGACCAGAUGGAUUGGUUGGGCUGGUGUAAAUGUCCCUGAUGAAAUUGGAAAAGAGGCAUUAACUAAAGCUUUAGCUGAAAAGAGAUGUAUACCAGUAUUUCUUGAUGAAGAAAUUGUUCAUCAAUAUUAUAAUGGAUAUUGUAACAACAUAUUGUGGCCACUGUUUCACUAUCUUGGACUUCCACAAGAAGACCGCCUUGCAACUACUAGAAGUUUUCAAUCUCAGUUUGAUGCUUAUAAGAAAGCAAACCAGAUGUUUGCUGAUGUGGUUAAUGAACAUUAUGAGGAAGGUGAUGUGGUUUGGUGCCAUGAUUACCACCUAAUGUUUCUUCCAAAAUGUCUAAAAGAACGUAACAGUAAAAUGAAAGUCGGUUGGUUUCUGCAUACUCCGUUUCCUUCUUCUGAAAUCCAUAGGACGCUGCCAUCUCGGUCAGAGCUGCUGAGAUCUGUUCUUGCUGCUGAUUUAGUUGGCUUCCAUACAUAUGACUAUGCAAGGCAUUUUGUUAGUGCUUGUACUCGUAUUCUUGGGCUGGAGGGCACACCUGAAGGAGUAGAGGAUCAAGGAAAGCUGACUCGUGUAGCUGCAUUUCCAAUAGGGAUUGACUCUGAUCGGUUCAUUCGAGCUCUUGAACUCCCUCAAGUCCAAGAUCACAUGAAAGAACUGAAAGAGAGGUUUGCUGGCCGAAAGGUAAUGUUAGGCGUUGAUCGGCUUGAUAUGAUCAAGGGAAUACCACAGAAGAUUUUGGCAUUCGAAAAAUUCCUUGAGGAAAAUCCUGAUUGGCGUGAUAAGGUGGUUCUCCUGCAAAUUGCUGUCCCUACCAGGACUGAUGUUCCAGAGUAUCAAAAGCUUACCAGCCAAGUGCAUGAGAUUGUUGGGCGCAUUAAUGGAAGAUUUGGAACUCUUACUGCUGUACCAAUACAUCAUCUGGAUCGUUCUCUUGAUUUUCACGCAUUAUGUGCACUGUACGCUGUUACUGACGUAGCCCUUGUAACAUCUUUGAGGGAUGGAAUGAACCUCGUCAGCUAUGAGUUCGUUGCCUGCCAAGCUUCCAAGAAAGGGGUCCUUAUAUUAAGUGAGUUUGCAGGAGCUGCUCAGUCUCUUGGUGCUGGAGCCAUUUUGAUUAAUCCAUGGAAUGUCACUGAAGUUGCUUCUUCAAUUGGUUAUGCUUUGAAUAUGCCAGCUGAUGAAAGAGAAAAACGCCACCACCAUAACUUCAUACAUGUAACUACACACACAUCUCAAGAAUGGGCUGCAACCUUUGUAAGUGAACUUAAUGAUACCAUUGUUGAAGCUCAAUUAAGAACAAGACAAAUUCCACCACUACUUCCAAUUGAAGUUGCUGUGGAUCAUUACUCACAAUCCAGUAACCGAUUGUUGAUACUGGGAUUCAAUGCAACUUUAACUGAACCAGUGGAUACCCUUGGGAGGAAGGGCAAUCAAAUUAAAGAAUUGGAACCCAAGUUACGUCCGGAUUUACAAGAACCUUUGAAAAAGCUUUGUGAUGAUCCAAAGACGACAAUUGUUGUCCUCAGUGGAAGUGACAGAAGUGUCCUAGAUGAUAACUUUGGUGAUUACAACUUGUGGUUGGCAGCAGAAAAUGGGAUGUUUUUACGAGUUACAAAGGGAGAUUGGAUGACAACAAUGCCUGAAAAUUUAAAUAUGGAAUGGGUGGAUAGUGUCAAGCAUGUUUUCGAAUAUUUUACUGAAAGAACUCCUCGAUCUCAUUUUGAGCUCCGUGAAACUUCAGUUAUAUGGAACUAUAAAUAUGCAGAUGUUGAGUUUGGAAGACUUCAAGCAAGGGACUUGUUGCAACAUCUUUGGACAGGUCCAAUCUCAAAUGCAUCUCUCGAUGUUGUCCAAGGUAGCCGAUCUGUUGAGGUUAGAUCUGUCGGUGUUACAAAGGGUGCAGCAAUCGAUCGAAUCCUUGGAGAAAUAGUUCAUAACAAAGGCAUGAAGGAACCCAUUGAUUAUGUCCUAUGUAUUGGCCACUUUCUAGCUAAGGAUGAAGACAUAUAUACGUUUUUUGAGCCAGAGCUUCCAUCAGAAGUCCCAGCUCCGGCAAGACCCCAUGUACCAACACCAGUCAGGACAUCUGUUUCAAAGUUACAAGUGAGUAAAAGCGGAUCCAGAGCAGCAGCUCGCCCUAAGAAACAACGGUCAUUUUCAACUAUAGAAAGGAACUCAAGCUAUCCUGUAACUGGAGGUGUUUUGCAAUCAAUGGCGGCCGAUAAGAUGUCAUUGCAAGAGGGUUCUUCAGUACUUGACCUGCAGGGUGACAACUACUUUUCUUGCUCUGUUGCACGGAAAAGAUCUAACUCACGCUAUCUCCUUGGAUCAUCUGAUGAUGUUGUAAAACUCUUGAGAGAGCUGGCAGAUCAUACUCAAAGCUGACGGUAUGACCAGAGAAGGGUUACAAUAGGAGCAAAGUUAAAGAAAGUUGAAUUUUGUUUAGCAGUUAUAUUUUUUGGAAAGGAAAUGAAUUUUAUUUGGUUAGAAUGCCUUCUAAUCUAAGCAAUUAAUUUCAUUGAAAUUAAAAU